GCCGAAGGAUACGAUCUCAGCCAGCCGUCCUUGCGGGAAGCGCUGGAGGAUUACAUCUCCACAGGGAAAGGAGACCUGCAUGAAAUCUUGGAAGGCAAGAAGUACCCACCAGUCUUCGGUAAGACGGAGCUCCAGCGGUACCUCCGCACCUGGUUGGGCAAAAGCGUGUUCCAUGAUACCGACCAGGACGCUGACUACCUCCCAGAGGCCUACAACAAGGGCGACGACUGGUUCGAGGCGACCCUGGCGGAACCGAUGGUCUAUACCGGGGCGAUCUACGCAG